AUGGCUUGUACAGCCCCUUCCGUGACUUUUAAGUCCUACGCAUACCUUGACCCAGUCUCUAAUGCUUCCGGCCUGGCAACCCCGGACGAACGGUCCGGUUUCAUACGCAACAGACGGAGACGACACUCCUUUCAUACCAAUAGGAGACUAUCCUGCGAUCAUGAUGCUGACGCUAUAUUCUUGCGGGUCGAAUUAUUCCUCGCAGAAAUGGAGCGGCGGUUACAAUGGCUGGAGGAGUAUCGACAAUCACAUAUGACCCAUAUCGAUGCAAGACUAAGACGAGGAUAUGCCGCUCUAGUUUCCGUGCGGGAUUCCUGCUCCCAUGCUUCCGGCGAGCUGAUGGGAGGCGGCAAGCGAAGAGCAAAAAUCCUGGUAGAGACGCUGGAGGAACGCUAUAAGGAGGCUCUGGCAACGAAGGAAACGCUCGAACAAAAAGCCCAGGCCAGUAUGCGUUUGAUGGAGAAUUUUCUCGGCGAGCUUGAGGCCGGUGCGCAGGCUGUGCGAGAUCGGGGUCUGUAUGGAACUUUGGACGACGGAUGGCGCGCUGUGGAGCCGGGCCUCACGCAUGCCCGCGAGGUUAUGGAUGAGAGCGUCGAGCGCGCGCGGGAGGCUCUACAAAAGAGCAUCGAACGCGCGAUCCAACUAGCCAAUGAAAAGCGGCUAAUCCAGUACUCCGACCUUCCAUACCCUUGGAGGGUCAACCCGCACAUCUUGCAGGGUUAUCGUUUCACGACCUCCAAGAUCGAAUGUGUAACGUCCGCAUUCACAUUCUCCAACGAACUCUUCAACAUCUGGUCGCACCUGAUUGGCCUGCUCAUCGUCCUCGCCGUGGCCUUCUACUUCUACCCUUCCAACCCGAACUUCUCCCUCAGCACCAAAACUGACAUCGCAAUUGCUGCCAUAUUCUUCAUUGCCGCCUGCAAGUGCCUCGUCUGCAGUACGCUCUGGCACACAAUGAACAGCAUCGCCUCACAACCGCUGAUGGAACGCUUCGCCUGCGUCGAUUAUACAGGGAUAUCCCUGCUCGUCGCUGCCUCAAUCGUCACUACAGAAUACACCGCCUUCUACUGUGAACCAACCUCCCGAUGGAUCUACAUCAUCACGACCUCCACAUUGGGUAUCGCCGGCGUCAUUCUUCCCUGGCACCCUACCUUCAACCGUGCGGACAUGGCAUGGGCGCGCGUUGCGUUCUACGUGACCCUCGCAGCCACAGGCUUCGCCCCCAUCGCCCAACUAAGCCUAACAAGAAGCCUGGGAUGGUGCUUGUACUUCUACGCACCACUACUGAAAAGUCUCGGCGUCUACUUGUUGGGUGCAAUGAUAUAUGCGAUGCAGAUCCCCGAACGCUGGCUCCCUGGCUUCUUCGAUUACCUCGGUGGCAGCCAUAAUAUAUGGCACGUUGCCGUGCUUGGGGGAAUCCUGUUCCACUACGGGGCCAUGCAGGAUCUUUUCACUGGUGCAUUCGUCCGUGCGGAGGGUGAAUGCCCGUCUCUGACGAUGUAG